AUGCAACAUGCAGCCAGGAGCCGCAAGCGCACCCACAGCGACAGGAUGCCAUUGGCAUAUCUUGGUUCGACCAUGAUCCACGACCCAUCCACGGUCGCUGCUGCCUCCCAGACGGGCCCAGAGGACUUUGAAGACGCUUUGAUUGCACCUCCCGCGCUCGACAACCAUGUCCUGGAUGUGCCCCAUCCCUCGACGGCGCCCAAGACUCCCCCCGCACUCCUCUCGCCCGCCGACUUGCCCGCAGAUCCAAAGCAAGCUGUCUGGGCAAUUGCUGCAAACGCAAAACAACAGUCCUCGAAGCGUGCCCAGUCGUCCAAGCAAAAGCCCGGCCAGGCGACCCAGCAGCCCACCAUUUCCACUUUUUCCACCUUUAAUCACAUUCACAUUGUCCAGCCAUAUGUUCACAAUGGUGGCAAUAGCAACACCAACACCCACCCCAACGCGGCGGCGGCGGCGGCGGCGGCAUCGUCGAACAAGGAAGAGACUGCCAACGGCUGUAGCACGUCGACGUUUAGCAUCAAUGCCUCGACCCCUUAUACGUUUGCAAAUCCAUUCUGCACCAAUGCCCUGCACACAAUGCUCCCAGGCCCAGGCGGCAAGCCAAAGGAUUCCGCCACCAACAUUGCCGGUCAGCCACCCCGACCUGCAAACGCCUGGAUCUUGUAUCGCUCGGACAAGAUGAAGAAUCUCGCCCCCGAACCAGGCAAACCACGCCGUCCGCAGGCCGACAUUUCAAAGCUCAUCGCCGAAAUGUGGAAAAACGAAAAACCAGAAAUUCGUCAGCAGUACGAGGCUCUCAGCGACCUCAAAAAGGCAGAGCAUCUCGCCAUGUACCCUGGCUAUCGUUUCCAACCGAUGAAAAAGGCCGACAAGGAAAAGGUCCGCGCCGAGCGCAAGGCGGAAAAGGAAAAAGAGAAAAUGGCCGCGAGUCUGUCGAUGAAGAGCUAUCGCCGACCUCCAAAGUCGAAACGUGGCGCGACCGAAGAAGGAGACGACCACGACACCGCCGCCGACGAUUCGACACCUACCCCUUCGCUCGGUCCGACGUCCCCGACCAGCACUGCGCCAGGAACGGCCAUGUUUGUCUGGACGCAGCCACAGACGGUCCCAGAGACCAGCGUCGAACCUUCGACGGGCCCCAUGUCCCCGACCGCGCGCCAACACACGGCCUCGUAUCAACCAUAUGCCAGAGCGCCAGCAGGUGCUUCGACAUCGGCGGUUGCUGCUACUGCGAAGCGCAAACGCGCUCGGACAAAGGUCGAGGUUUCCGCUCCUGCCAUUCCCUCGGGAGAACCGAACCAGGCUCAUGGGUUUGACUAUACUGGCCCUGUACCCAACACGUCGUUUUCGUUUUACGAAGCUGCUCAACAGCCACAAGAGUCUCCCGGUCUCAUCGACUUUGCGGCCUAUAGCGCUCAGUUUAUGCCCGGAUACCAUCCAGCGAUUCCUCAGCCGUCGAGUGGUGCGAAUCCUGAUCAUAAUUCUCAUCCGACGCCGCCAUACAAUGCCACCAUUGAGCACGAGAUGCAGUCCACCGCUGGCUUUGCCCUUGAGCCGAUCAGAGGUCACAAUGAAAUCUUCGAGUUUACCAAUCUCGAUCUCUCCCUCCUCGACAACCAAGAAAUUGCCGUCACGCUUCCAGACGAUUUGCAGUUUGACCUUGGGCUUGGACUUGGACUCGGAACCGAUGCCUUUGGCCUCGACGGUGGAGGAUUUGCCGAAUUUGGAAGUUUGGCGAUGGAUUCUGGAGGUAGCUUGGGCUUUGGCACCAACAAGGUGUCGGCAGACAUGGUUCAGUUUGACGCACCCCCGUAUAACGCUCAUCCAAACCUCUCCAUAUCCACCCAGAUUCUUCAACAGCAACCAGGGCACCACUCGGAUCCGUACAAUGUCACUUCGCCAAUGGAAACACCCCAAGCUGCCACCAACUUCUACGGCUUUCCGAUGCAUCAGCCGCAGGAGCAGCAACCAGCACUGUAUCAUACGGCUCAGCACAGCUUUGGCCAGCACGACUUUGCUUCGUCGUCGUUUGGGGCCUAUACGUCUCCCAACCAACCCUUCCUCUCGCCGACCUAUGCGAGCCCACCGCCCUUGUCAGUCAUUGACGAAUCGUCGACCAUUGGUUCACCCACGAGCGAGACCUUUGGCUCCUCUCAGCAAACUGCCAGGACCGGCCGAAAGGCUACCAUGAACAGCUGGCGAUAG